AUGCUGCUUGCUUGCCCCCUUGCUGUAGAUGAGAGACUUGACGUGAAACAAUGCGAAACCCUGGAGGAGGUUCUACGGCGGGUGCAGUUCCGCAUGUUCGACCUAGAGGGCGCUGGACUCACCGACGACGGCGUGGCAACUGUAUUUGACAUGCUAGAGUUCUACGAAUCGGCGACCAAGCUCAACCUGUCUUUCAACAAGAACAUUGGGCCUCGGGGCUGGCAAGCGUGCGCACGCAUGAUCAAGAGGACGCCGUGUUUGGAGUACCUGGACUGUCGCAACACGACGUUGAAUGAUCAGAGCCUGCCGCUGCUCGGCCGUGCGCUGCGCGUCAACAACGGCCUUGUGACGCUGCACAUGGAGGCGUGUGCUCUCUCUGGCCGCCCUCUCAUGAUCCUUGGCGAAGUCUAAGCAUCUAGAGACGGUGAACCUAGGGCAUAACAAUCUGACGAACGAGGGCAUACACACGCUGAAGAACGCCCUCAUCUUCAACCGCUCCCUGCUACGCCUCGGCCUCCAGUCGUCCAAGGUCACGUGCGAAGGAGCCGUAGCAUUGGCUGAGUACAUUGCUGACAACCCGUGCAUUCAGCGGCUGGACCUACGUGAUAAUGACAUCCGCAUCGCUGGUCUCCUCGCCCUCUCUCUCUCUGCCAAGGUCAACCUCACCAUCACACGCAUAGAUCUGGACAAAGAACCAAAGAAGGAAAACAUGAAGGACUAUGCAGAGCAGCAUCAUCAGCUGCAGGAUGUCAUCGCCACCUACUGCCAGCGCAACUCCAAGCUAGAGGAGCAUCGCAGGACCACUGCCGCCCUCCACCCCCCGCAGCAGCAAGAGGAGGAGGAGUCGAUCGCGGACGAGCCCGCGAUACUUCUCCCGCCAUCCUCCCUCGCCCUCGCCGCCGCCGACGACACCGUCGACGAUGCAGGGGGCGCCUCGCGAGACCUCGAACUCACCGGCUCGCCAUUCUUCCCGGACUGCAGUGCCGGUGGCGGUGGGGUAGGGGGCGCCACAGGCGGGCUACGCGCGCCGCAGCCGUGCGGCAGGGAGGAAAGCGCGACGCCGUCACCGACGGAGGUUUUCGGUGUCUCGCCGCUGACCCACUCUGCGGGGUCGACCCCGCCCGCGUUCGUGCGACCCCCGCCGAUCCCCGACACGCCCGAUUCCGCAGCCUCCCUUCCCUCGCCGUCGCCGACGUCGCUUGGGGACGCGGACGUCGCUACAGCAACGGCGGGAAGCUGCGGGGCCGAGGGCGUCGCCAUGGCGACGACGGAAAGCCGUGGGGAUACAGGUGUUGCUGCGGCAGCGGCGGGAAGCUGUGAGGGCGUCACCGUGACGACGACCCUCGCCGAUCGGCUGAUGUCUCUGACCGCGUCGGCUUCUCCCGUCGCCGCGGCGACCGGCACCUGCUCGUCACGCCAACCUGUGAACACUCACACGAUGACGUUCCCGCAUGGCAUCCUCAAACACUCGGCCAACUCGCUCGCCGCGGCAGUGCGAGGAGGCGCCGGCCGCGAGGGGGGGUUGUCGUCAUCGUCGUCGUCAUCGUCCCAGGGGGCGUCGGCGUCGUCGAACACGCUGGCGACGAAGAGCCGUUUUAUUGUGAAUCGCGUCAUGGAGAACCUUCACCCGCUGAUCGCGAAGCGGGCGCCGCAGCGUGACGACGGGGGCGCCACCGAUGCCGGCGGCAGCAGCGGCGGCGGCAACAUCGUCUUCAAGUACAGCCGCGACACGGACACGGUCAACGCGCACAUACUGGGCGACGGCUCGUGCAGCAGCUCCCUCGACCUCACGACCUCACAGGUCGUCCCGGAGGGGUCGGAGGUCGAGGACGUGGCAGCGGCGGCGGCGGCGGCGGCGGCGGUGCUGGGGAAUGGCCACGACAACGCAAACAUUAACAGUGAGGAGGGGGCGCCGGUGACGACGACGACAAAGCUGUUCCUCGACGAGAUCGCGAAGAGGGAGCUGGAGGAGCUGGGGUGUCUCGGCGCCCGCGCGCCCCCGCCGGCUCUCAUCAACGGUGAUAACAUAGACUGUGAUGGCGGCAGCGACGACACAAGCGACGGCUCUCCAACGUGGAUGACGGGGCUCGUCGACUCUGCGACCUUUGACCCGGAAGACGAUGUCUUCACGGCAUUUCCGGGCGACGGAAAGUCGGGCGUCCCGCCGGAGAUAGGUUCGACGGACGAGUUUGAAAAAGAAUUGGAUGAAAUACUUGCUAAGCUGUCGUGUGGAACUCUCGUCACGACUCCAAUAGGAGAUAAGGCGACCGUCGCGGACGUCGCGUCCAUCGAUCGCUCGUAGCACAUCUCUCCAGGAGAGGUCGGCACGUGCCGCCACACCCACUCACCGGAGGGCAACGCCCGCUCGCCGGCCUGCGAUGUGGCAUUGCCACGGCGACCGUGUCGUCAUGCGAUGCAGAGGCGGACUGGGCAGUUUCGGUGUCUUGCUCGCAAUGCUGCGGCUCACGAGGCGCCACCUGGCAGGGUGUUGCGGUCAUGGAGCGCCACCUGGUGUUGUGUCACCGACGCGGAACGCCACCUGGUGGGGUGUUAUCGUUACGGGGAACGCGUUCCAAGGAACGAAUGAAGUCAGAUAUUCUGUGUGAUAAGCCAUGUUAUAGGUUGUGUUUGUGAGCGUGUGUGUGUGCGACUCAGGGAAAAAAAUACACGGGAGCGACGAGCGAUUUCGCUCUGGUAAGCUCUAAAAUCGCUCUGGUAAAAACAAUAACGGCAGCGAUCGCCCGAGAGAAAAUCGCUCCCGUGGCCUAAUAAAUUGAAAUGUACACAAUUACGUACGUACAACAAGUUUUUACAAAACCUAUAUUAUCACUCAACACAAUCAUAUUCAUUGUAAUGCCUUUAUUCUAGACACCAACAGGAAACGCAAACGAUUGUCACAGAAUACAAAUUACAUUACAAUAUACGAACAAAAUAUAAUCUUUCAAGUUUAGAAAUACAAAUUACUGCUAGUAC